AUGUCCAGUGUUAUUUUUGCUGUCAUAGCAGUAGCUUUUCUCCUGAGCAUUAGAUCAUAUGAAGGUGCAAGAAUUCUUGAUGAAGAAGAAUGGAUAAGAAGAGGACAUCUUCUUUUGCCAUCCUUGCCGGGCAACACCGUUCGACCGCCUUCACCAAACGGAUGUACCUACAUCCCUGGAGGCGGCGGCAGCCCAUGCCCGAACACAAUCGGUGAGAAAAACUUUGUAGGCCGUGUUGUGGCUGCUCCUCCUCCUCCCCCGCCUCGAGUUAAUACUGACGCAUACCCAAGGGAAAUGAUUCAAUUUGGGGUGGCUACUGAUGGUCGAUGA